AUGCCAACAGUCUUACUUCCCUCCUCGGCUGCUGCCUUUGCGCCGCGGUCAUCGCCCAAUGUGGUCUUAACGCGAAAGGUUGCGCCGUGGUUGACUGCGACGUUGAAGCGAGUCAACCGAGUCAAGCGCCCACUCAACAAUGUCACUCAGCAUACGCGGUGCUUGACUGAGACGCUGGCGUCAACCAAUGCGAUCUGGACCCUUUGCUCGAUGAUGUUCACCAAGGCGCCUGAAGCAGAGCUGCGGAAGGAUGAGAAUCCGCUCGUGGAAGGCUUGUUCAACUACCAGAUGGUCCACAUGGAGGCCUAUGUCGUACAUGUCGACAUGGUCUCGCGCAACGAGGUGGCCUUCAAGUUGACCCCGGAGACUAUCGAGUCCCUGGUGGACUUCCAUAAAGAAGUCUACUCGGUCGACGCCGCCGCGAACACGUGGGACUGGUCGGACAAGCAGGCCCAGCUGAAGAAGUUACAGGAGGAGUUCGUCCAAGCCGCCAACAAGUUCGUCUACCGAACCGACGCCGAAGCCCUGGAGGGACUCGAGGAGGAUGGCGCCGGAGAGUUGCUCUGUGGCCGGAGCGAGGAGGCUAAAGCAGCGAUCUCGGGUCUCUUCGUCCCGCUGCUGCCUCCGCCACCCCGGGUGGUGGAUGUUCUGCGCCCAGUGCCUCUCCUGCCCAGCUCGACCGGCCCUGAAACGUGGUGGCAUCACCCCAUGCCUCCCUCCGCGCCGAUGGAGUCGUGGAAAGUACUGCCACCCAGCCCAUCCCCGGCCAGCACGGGUGAUUCUAAUCCGAAUCUGUGGGCCAGUCUCGCUUUCAAUGAAGCCCAGCAGCCAUCGCCGACCCCCUCCUACAGCCAACCCUUCACCACCGCACCAUUCUCGAUGUAUGACAACAUGGCAACGACCUCGGCGGCUACCGCUCCUCUCCCGCUCCCGAGCAUGCUGGUGCAACCAUGUAGCACGGCCGCCAACAUGGCCGGUUUCGGUGGCUUCGGUGGCUUCGGUGGCUUCGGUGGUUUCGGCGGUUUUGGCGGCUGGGGAGAUUUCACUCCGCUGCCCUACGGCACGACGAUCUAG